UGCCCGAAUGCCACCGAUGACCUCACUGAUCCCCAGAGACCUAAAUAGUCCCUCCAUCGGGCUUGGAAACCUUAGCCUUCAUCCCAGGUACCCAGGGCAUGUUCCUGAAGAGGUUUUCUCUUUUCCAACCGAUCAGCACAAAUCUAGGUGCUCAACUCUUUCCUCAUCUACCUCGGAAUCACAUUAUCAUUGCGUGCGACCGCGCUCUGACCUGCGGCCCGUGAAUCUCCCCUAGCGCCGAGCCAACGCGAGCUUUCCGCCUACAAAACCAGCUUCGGCCUCCUUCAAUAAGCUUCCACGCCAACUGCGAGAACACUUGCGAUCCGGUGUCUAAGCUCUUUUUGACCCGAUGAGACAAUAGUGGUCUAUCAGAUUUCUACGAAUACCCUUACCUGAAGAUUACAUUGACGCGCGCAAGCUCGUGCCUGCAACUUUUUUCAAAAGAGUCGGCCCGCCGCCAACGGCAGCCAGCAUGGCAGUUCAAGAGAAUGGGUAUAUACCGGCGGAGCCGCAAGGGCCGAGGAAGGACAGCACAGUCGGCAAGGAUGUGAGAAAUGAGAAGGUUCGGAGAAAAAGUCCUCUGCGAUGGACAUUGGGGUUGGUUGUACGCUUGUGUAUUUGGUACACCCUUCUCACGCCAUUUUUACGAUGUCCCUCGCACCUACACGAGCUGAACGCGACCUCUCCCAAGGUCUGCAAGCCCUAUUUGAUCGCACGUUCUCACGUUGGGCCCUAUGUGACUCCCUACUAUGCUACCUAUGCUGCUCCCUACGUUGAUCAAGCGCGUCCAUAUGUGGAGGUGUUCAAUCAGCAGGUUUACAUGCCUGCCUCUAAGGUCGCCAAAUUCAGCUAUGACAAGUACGGUGCUCCUGCAUGGCAACAAGCCCGGACUUUUGGCGAGGCACAAUGGAAAGCACAAGUGACGCCACGUCUGGAAGCCGCCCAAGGUCAAGCACGUCAGUUGUAUCUGGCCCAGGUUGACCCAUAUGUGCAACAAAGUGUUUCCUUGGUAUCGCCUUACUACCAAAAGGCGAAUGAGGUCGCGCAAGCUGUCUACUGGAACCAAUUAGUACCUUUCUAUACUCGCUCGCAGCCGUUUAUUGGCAAGACCUACAGCAGUGGUCAGCAAGUUCUAACCACCCAUGUGAUGCCUGGCGCACGCUAUACCUGGUCAUCGGUGGUCUAUUUCGCAAAUAGCUCGUUGUGGCCCCAGGUGACAGGUCUCUAUUCAGAGCAAGUUGAGCCUCAGCUCGUCAAAAUUGGCCAGCGUCUGGCCAGCUACCGGGAAGGCAAGCGCCUUCGUGCUGUCGUCGAAGAAAUGGACAGUUCCUCAUCUACACAAACCGUCUCGUCAACAGUAACAACUGCGAAGGUUGAACCUCGUACUUCCGCAAGCACGACCACAACCUCAGCAACGGAGACUGCAUCUGCUAAGCCUACCUUGUCCGCCGAAGAACAAUCCAAGCAAGCUCGUGCCCAAAUUGAGUCCGAUCUUCACAGAUGGCAGGUGAAGUUUGCUAAAGCAGCCGACAAGGGCACUGAAGAUCUCGAAGAGCGCAUCGGAGACAUCGUGUCAGCGCUCAUUGCGAACAGUGCCAACAGCCAUGGCGAAAGCCUGUCGACCGCCCUUCAAGCAGUCGCUGCCGAGAAGAUUUCCUCCAUCAAGGAGCGAAUUAAUGAGCUUGCAGCAGCCCUACCAGAGGAAGAUGCACCUGAGGAGGAGGAAGAAGCCAGUGACAAGUUACUUACCGACAUUCGCAUGGCUGCUGUCUCGGUCAGAGAUCGCGCCCACGCUCUCCGACAAUGGUCUCUAUCGUUCGACGAGGAACUCCUUCGUCGGGUUUCUGCCGCUAUUAACUCGACCUUGGAUGUCCUCGACAGCAUCCGUGAUCUGGGCUUGCAGGAGAUUGGCACCCGGUGGGCUUGGAUGGAUGAUGUGACUUACAAAGACUGGGCCGAAUACCAUGCACUCAAGGUUCAGUUCGAUGACUGGCGCAACGAGAUUCGCAAGGUCGGCAUGAACUACAAGUCAAUUGCUGAAGCGCAGUCUGUGGCCGCUGGAAUUCUAGAUAUUGGAAUGGAGGUGGCUGAGGAUACAGCCAAAGAACUCAUCAGGCUCAAGGAUGUUGGCAAUUGGAAGAUUGCCGCUCGUGAGGUUGGUGACAAUUUUGAUACUCGCACCGAGGCGCCUCCGCGGCCGAGGCCAGUCGUAGAGAUCGAGGAAGACGAGGAGAGCACGGACAAUGAGGAGGUUUUUGGAGAAGCCUCCAAUGAUUCUGAAGCUCCCUCGUCGAUCUCGCAAGAAGAUGACACCGAAGAGACUUCUGUCUCAAGUCCUAGUGGGGUUGUUCUCGACGAGGUAGAGGAUUCUAUUGAAUCCGAAUCUUUCCUCCAAGACGAAGACGUGGAGGAGCGUGCUUCAGAUGCCGUAUUCGAGAGUGAAAUCUACGCUUCGAAACCUGCCUUCGGCGUCGCCGCUGCCACUUUGAAUACCCAGCAGGAACCUAUCCUUGACGAUGACGACCAGGAUACUUUUCACAGUCUGGCUAAUAAAGCCGGAGAUGUCUACUCUGACGCAAGCUCCGCUUUUGCCGAUUCCACUUCACAGGCCAAGGUUCUCUAUGAAAUCGCCAAGUCUCAGGUUAUGGGCCAGAUGGCACAGUCGAGCGCCCCCGCUCAUGCCCAGGUCCUAUCUUCCAUCGAGUCUGCUUACUCUGGCGCUGUGAAAUACGCCACCGAGGAGUUUGAGGUGCGCAUUGGUGCUAUCAAGGCUACCCCCACCUCUGUCGGGCCUCUGGCACACAUCUCUUCCGUUGCAUCUUCGCGAUUGAGCGAAGGACUCAGCUUGGCCUCGGAGCAGCUGGCCCUAUACACCAUUCCUGCCACCACCUCGGUUGGCUCUCAGCCUUUCGUGCUUGACGCACAGCGUCGCUACUAUGAGGCUGUUGGUGUCGCCCAUGAUCACUAUACUGCCUUUUUGUCUACGGCAUCGGAGGCGGUUUAUGGUACUCCCACCCCAACUCCGGCUCCCUUGGACUUCCGGAGUCUCCUUGAAAAAGCUGGCUCCCAAUACGAGCAAGCUUCCUCUCUGGCUUCUGCUAGUCUCGCAGCCGUCGUCGCCUCCGCAAGCUCGAUGGUUUCUGAGGCUGAUGAUGGAAGGAGUCAGAGUAUCAUUGAUGAUGCCUCUUCCAGGUACCAUGCCGCUCUCUCCGCUGCCUCCUCUUCUCUGUCUCUUGCGUCGGCGUCGGCCAGCUCUGCUAUUUAUGGUACAACCCCUGGGCCUCUGGAGUCUUUGUCCAGCCAGGCUUCAGAGAACUGGGAAAUCCUUGUUUCCAAGGCUAGCGAGCAGAUCUAUGGCACGCCAGCACCCUACCUCCAACAAGUCGUAGACAAACAUGGGCCACAGCUCGAAGCCGUCCAGGCAAUUGUUUCUGAGCUUCUUGUUGGAAAGCAGCCAUCCUUCACUGAAAGCGUCCUAAGCAAACUCCGCCUCGCCUACGAGACCCCCUAUCCAGCGGCAGCUGUUUCCGCUGCCUCGAGCUACGCUAGUGAGGCCUACGAGGCGGUCUCUUCUGCUACUGACGCCUUUGUCUCUGACAUCCCCAGCGUGGAAGACGUCAUGCAGCAAGCGAAUGAUCAACUUCACGCCGCCGUCGAGGCCGCCAGCAUCGGUAUUUAUGGUACACCCAAGAAUCGCUUUGAACAGGCUACCGAUGCCGCAGCCGAGGUUUACUCGAGUGCCUCUGCGCAGCUCAGCGAUGCUGUCUAUGGAAAGGAGCCCAGCUAUAUCGAAAUUGCCAAGGACAACAUUGAACAGAUUCAAUCCAAGGCUAGUGCCGCGAUCUAUGGUGAGGAGCCUGGUGCCGUUGAAAGCGCUACCAGCCGUCUUGCCGCCGCCGUUGAGAGUGCACAGGCUCAGCUUGCUGAUCUCGCUUCCAGCGCGAGCAGCGUUGCCUCUGAAGCCGUUGAGACCGCUGUCUUCCACGCUGAUCAGAUCACCAGUAGCAUCAAGGCUGGUGCCUCGUCCCUGUCCAAGGACGAGCUUUAGACGACCUGAACGCCUCCUUUCUGUUAUGCCACCGUGUCUGAUUGUAUCUCUUUCUUUCCCCCCUUCCAUCCUUGUCUUACAUCCACUCCUGUUGAAUGUGUCGCGUCGAGACUGGGCCUCCUACAGUGGCAUGCCAGUAGCAUGUGAGGUUCGGUCUCUCGAUGCUUUAUUCCCCAUAUAGUUUGUUACGAUGGCAAUUAUGCUUAUGAUCUGCAAAUUGCACAGUGAAAUCACGUUUUUUUCUCCCUUUUCCUCGGCUUCGAUUUUUUGUUCGCACGAAUAUGCUCAUUACACCUGGCGGUUUUUGGUUUUGGCUCUUUGGCCAGUGAUGCUUCUCUAGUACAUAAUGAAACGCGCUUUUUGGAUGUCUCAAAUCCGCUAUUCUCAUGUCGUGCUUCUCAGCAUGCAAAUAAAUUCGUGGCACACACUCGGUCGAGUUUAUUAUGUACAUGUCUCAUCGACGAGAGUCCACCGUAGGCUGGGAGGUUUUCUCUCCGUCGAGGCGAAAGAUAGAGCGUUGCUUUGAUAGUGCAAUGCCUGGGCAGGUCCAGCUUCCCCAAACGCUGGCGACUCCGGAUUGCAAUCCUCUCGCAAGUAUAUCCGCAACCGAACCCCAGCAUGAUUUCAGAUCCAGAUGGACGGCUAUCCCACAACCAAGCGCGUAGAAUUGGCAUAUAUCUCCAUUCGAGGCACACCCGAUCCCCAUUCACCGGCGAUACUUCACCCGAUCCCCCUUCUUCUCCUUCUUCAUCUGCGUCUUACUCAUAGGCGCCUGGCUUUCCGCCCCCUCCGCACCCCCACCCAUCCCCGCAAAGCCCUUCUUCACCCCCAUAACAGUCGAAUACGCCAAAUAAACCGAGUAAAGCGGUACGACUGCCCACAACCACCAAGCGCGAUCAUUGAAGAUACACACAGCGGCAAUGCAUCCCUCCGUCCAGUAGAGCACGUCCCACAUGUACUCGGUCAACCCGGUAGCGUUGAGAUCCUCGCCCGCGGAGCGCAGCGAGCCAUCUUCAUUGUAGCGGGGGCGGCCGACGCGGUCGAGGUAGAAUUCAAUGAUUAGGGUUGGCACGGCGAGGAGGAGGUAUGGUUUCAGGGAGCGUGGGCGGCCGAAUGUAAAGUGGAGGAUAAGGAAGAGCAGGUGUAGGGCUGCGGUGAUGAGGUGUGUGCGGGUGAGGACCGCGGCGUUACGGGUCGCCAAGGUUUUGGCUGCUUUCUG